AUGAUUGUGUAUCAGGAGGGUCAUCGUAAAAUUAGUAAGUUGAGCCCGGAUGCGAAGAAGGUUGUGCGUGACAUGACGAAGUCCAAGGUUGCACCACGUAACAUCAUGGCGACUAUUGCAGAGCAAUUUCCUGAUGAUCAUCCAAACAUCAGACACAUUUACAACUGCCGGAAUGACUUGAGAACGGAGAUGUCUGAUGGGAGAGGAGUUAAGCAAUUUCUUCAUUUGGCGAGACAGAGUCAGCAUCUUUACUGGGUCAUGUCUGAUGAUCUCAGCGUUCUACAACAUGCCUUUAUAUUGCACCCAGUCAAGGUAGACAUACUACGGACGUACCCAUAUGUGAUCGAUAUGGAUUCCACUUACAAGACCAACCGAUACGGGAUGCCGUUCUUUGAGAUAGUUGGUGUGACACCGACAAAUCAGAAUUUCCUCGUCGGUUAUGUGUUCAUGCGCAACGAGUGCACAGCAAGCUAUCGCUGGGUUUUGCAGAGACUGAGAGAGUUGAUUGGGUAUGAUAAGGAACCGUCGGUAUUUCUGACAGACCGUGAGCUUGGGCUAUGUGCGACAUUGAGAGAAGUGUUUCCAGGAACCAAAUCAAAUCAAUAA